GAGAGAGAGAGAGAGAGGGAGAGAGAGAAAAGGAGAGAGGGAGGGAUAGUCGGCGAUACUUUUCUGCACUACCAACACACAGAGACACACACAUACGGUGUGAGAGGGCGACAGAUCCGAAGCCUCUGUUGUUCACACGCUGUGCUCUUUUCCUCCCCCUGGCACCGUGCGCGCUCGCCAAGCCGCACUGUUUGGAGAUAGUCCGCGCGGAAAGUUUUUUUGGAGCAUACUGUCUGGAGCCGAUUAAUUGUGGCAUCUGUUUUUUUUUUUUUUUUUUUUUUUUUUUUGGAUGGAUGGAUGGAUGACUUACUUUUUUGCAUGUGAAGACUUUUAACUCGAGCGGAGGAAUUGUCAAAGUCGUUUUCUUUUUCUUUCUUUCUUUCUUUCUUUUUGCACAGAAUGGAAGGUAAAUUGACAAGUCGUUUGUGGCGAGGAUCACCGUGUGGAUCUUUCCGCAGACCAAGCACUUUCCAAGAGAUCCGGAUAAAACGACGACAGUUGUCUUCACUGUAGAGGAAAAGGAAAUCUUAAAUCCACCUGGCCUGCACUGGGAUUAUUGGUUUGAUAUCGUCUGCAGAAAGUGGAUUACAACUUCUAACGGGCUGUGCUCCCUGAUCAGCGGCAGUAUGAACCUGGGGCUGGGCUGUGUGUGUCGGCCGGUUUGCUGGCCCUUUGGCAGCGUGUUGGACUCCAGACACUGUGUCUUUGCCCUUACGCUCCUCACCCUCCUCAUGCAGGUGGUGGUGGAGGCCAACUCAUGGUGGUCUCUGGCCAUGAAUCCUUUACUGAUCCCGGAGGCCUACAUCAUUGGUGCCCAGCCUCUGUGCAGCCAGCUGGUGGGCCUGUCACAGGGCCAGAAGAAGCUGUGCCAACUCUACCAGGACCACAUGCAGUACAUCGGUGAAGGUGCCAAGACUGGCAUUAGAGAGUGCCAGUACCAGUUCAGACAUCGGCGCUGGAACUGUAGCACGGUGGACAACUCUUCUGUUUUUGGACGGGUUAUGCAAAUAGGCAGUCGAGAAACAGCGUUCACUUAUGCCAUCAGCGCAGCAGGGGUUGUGAACGCGGUGAGCCGUGCCUGCAGAGAGGGGGAGCUCUCCAGCUGUGGGUGCAGCCGUGCGGCCCGCCCUAAAGACCUGCCACGAGACUGGCUGUGGGGCGGCUGCGGAGACAACCUCAACUACGGCUACAGGUUCUCCAAGGAGUUUGUGGAUGCACGCGAGAGGGAGAAGAGCUACCCCAAAGGCUCAUAUGAGAGCGCACGGCUGUUGAUGAAUCUUCACAACAAUGAGGCUGGAAGGAGGACGGUGUCAGACCUUGCCCACGUGUCUUGCAAGUGCCACGGGGUUUCAGGCUCCUGCAGCCUGAAGACUUGCUGGCUGCAGCUCGCUGACUUCCGCAAGGUGGGUGACGCACUGAAGGAGAAGUACGACAGUGCUGCUGCCAUGAAGCUCAACUCACGUGGGAAGAUGGUGCAGAUGCACAGCAAGUUCAAUGCUCCCACGAGUCAUGACCUGGUGUACAUCGAAUCCAGUCCAGACUACUGCCUGAAGAACCAAAGCACGGGCUCGCUGGGCACAGUGGGGCGCCUCUGCAACAAGACCUCGGAGGGCAUGGAUGGGUGUGAGCUGAUGUGCUGCGGGCGCGGUUACGACCAGUACAAGGCCCAGAUAGUGGAGCGUUGCCACUGCAAGUUCCACUGGUGCUGCUACGUCAAGUGCAAGCGCUGCACCAAAAUCGUAGACCAAUUCGUCUGCAAGUGAGAAGAGGAGUGUCGCCUGUGUGUGUUUGCUUGCAGACGAUGGGCAUACAUCUGUGUGUAUUCAUGAGCUGAGGAGCAAAGGAGUUGAACACAGAGAGAAUGGAAGAAAGAAACUAUAUAAAUUAUAUUUAUAGAGUUAAACAAUUAUGCCAUUGCAAAAAGACUGACUCUUUUUUUCAAAAAAAAAAAAAAAUCUUAUGUCUUCAGAAACUGAGAGUAUCGUGAAAUAUUUAUUUUGAGAUUGUUAUGAUUUUAUUUUGGCCCAGUCAUCACCAGCCGAUUUUUACCCUGUAAAGUGCCUAAAUCUGUCUGGAAACCCCCCCCACACUCCUACUCCCCAUCCUUUUUUUAAUUUCAGAAAAUAACAUUUUUCUUGUCAAAUGGGUCACACUGAUUGCAAAAUUGGACUGUGCUUCCCAUCCCAAGAGUAGAGUUUGAUGUUUGUGGCACAGUUGACUAAGAGGUCCUGGUUUGUUGUCUGAGAAGGACUGUGCGGAGAGGAGAACACCUUUUGUGCUGUAGCGUAUGGAUGUGUUUUCAUGGGCCCAGCCCCAAACCAGCCUUCACAUCCUUACUGAAGUCUACUUGUCCCCUCUCACCACAUAUAGAGUAAGGAACACUGUUGAGUCGUACGAGUCCUUGGAGUACAAUGGGUACAAUAAGAGGGCUAUUUUGGGGAUUGGGCCAUUUAUUAAGCUGUCCCAGAAGCCUUAGAGUUCCCCAGGUGCUGCAACAAGCCCUCCACCAUUAUGCACUUUGAUACAGAGGCUUAAACCUGUCUGUACAUGUCUGUUCAGCUGUUUUUUUUACUACAGUGCAUCAGCAAAUAUAUCAAUAUUAUAGCCUACAUUCUUUUCCAUAUUAAUUCAGAUUAUCCAUUUAACAUUAUUCUACAAUACUUAACAUGGUUUGAAUAUAUAUGGGCAAUGUUGUGGUUACAGUGGUGAAAUAUUCCAUGCUCUGUGUAUAUAGUAUGUCUAUCCAACCAAUCAGUAAACUGUAUUUAUUUUCUUUAACCAGAUCCUCCUUUUAAGCUUAAAACAGUAAUGCAUCAUCUCCAUCAUACAUCAAUAUUUACUCGGACAUCCCAAGAUUUGAAGUCACUUUUUUU